GGUUGUCACCAGACCCUUUAUCUCCCAGAAUGGCGGACAGUCUUCCCACAGAGUUCGAUGUGGUCAUAAUAGGGACAGGUCUACCUGAAUCCAUCCUGGCAGCUGCAUGUUCAAGAAGUGGUCAGAGAGUUCUUCAUCUUGAUUCAAGAAGUUACUAUGGAGGAAACUGGGCAAGUUUCAGCUUUUCGGGAUUGCUCUCCUGGUUAAAGGAGCAUCAGCAAAACGGUGACAAUGCAGAAGAAAGCACUGCUUCAUGGCAAGGCCUGGUGCAUGAAACAGAAGAAGCCAUUGCUCUUCGCAAGAAGGAUGAAACCAUUGAACACAUAGAAGUUUUCUGUUAUGCCAGUCAGGAUAUGGAUGACAAUAUUGAAGAGAUCAGUGCUCUGCAGAAAAAUCCUUCCGCAGUAACAUCUAAACCUCUGGAUUCUGUGUGCUUGUCCGAAGAAACAAACUCAUUACAUGUUACUAGCUCUGAAACGCAUGCCAAAGACACUCCAAAAAGUGAUGAAGAGAUUUCACUGGAAGUAACUGAUGUAGAGGACAUCUUGGCAGAAGAAAAAUGUUGUGGAGAUAAAACCUGUAUAAACACAGCUUCAGGUGGAGAUAAAGAUGAAAACAAACCUAUAGAGGAAGAUAACACUGAUCAACCAAAGAGAAAUAGGAUUACUUACUCUCAAAUAGUUAAAGAAGGCAGGAGAUUUAAUAUUGAUUUGGUAUCAAAGCUGCUGUAUUCUCAAGGAUUGCUAAUCGAUCUUUUAAUCAAAUCAAAUGUUAGUCGUUAUGCAGAAUUUAAAAACGUCACUAGGAUUCUUGCAUUUCGCGAGGGAAAAGUAGAACAGGUGCCUUGUUCCAGAGCAGAUGUCUUUAAUAGCAAAGAACUCACUAUGGUUGAAAAGAGGAUACUGAUGAAAUUUCUUACAUUUUGUUUAGACUAUGAACAACAUCCUGAUCAAUACCAAGCUUUUGUGCAUUGCUCAUUUUCAGAUUACUUAAAAACUAAAAAAUUAACCCCCAACCUCCAACAUUUUGUGCUGCACUCAAUUGCAAUGACAGAGUCCUCUUGCACCACAAUAGAUGGCCUUAAAGCAACUAAAAACUUCCUUCGGUGUCUUGGACGGUUUGGCAACACUCCCUUUUUAUUUCCCUUGUAUGGCCAAGGAGAAAUUCCCCAGUGUUUCUGCAGGAUGUGUGCAGUUUUUGGUGGAAUCUAUUGUCUUCGCCAUAAAGUUCAAUGCCUUAUAGUUGACAAAGAAUCUGGAAGAUGUAAAGCAAUUAUAGAUCACUUAGAUCAAAGAAUAAAUGCUAAAUAUUUUAUUGUGGAGGAUAGUUACCUUUCUGAGGAAACAUGCUCAAAUGUGCAAUAUAAGCAGAUCUCCAGGGCAGUGCUCAUUACAGAUCAGUCUAUACUCAAGAAGGCAGAUUCAGAUCAGCAAAUUUCCAUUUUGAUAGUGCCUCCAAUGGAAUCAGGAACAUGUGCUGUUCGUGUCACUGAAUUAUGUUCUUCAACCAUGACAUGCAUGAAAGACACCUAUCUGGUACAUCUGACCUGUUCAUCUUCUAAAACAGCAAGAGAAGACUUAGAGUCAGUAGUGAAGAAAUUAUUCACCCCAUAUACUGAAACAGAAAUAGACAAGGAAGAACUCACAAAGCCAAGACUCUUGUGGGCUCUUUAUUUUAAUAUGAGAGAUUCCUCGGGAAUCAGCAGAAGCUCAUACAAUGGCUUACCUUCCAAUGUUUAUGUCUGCUCUGGGCCUGACUGCGGACUGGGAAAUGAGCACGCAGUCAAGCAAGCUGAAACACUUUUCCAGGAGAUCUUUCCCAAUGAAGACUUCUGCCCCCCACCUCCAAAUCCAGAAGAUAUAAUCUUUGAUGGUGAUGAUAAGCAACCUGAGGCUCUUGGAACCAAUAAUAUAAUCAUGGCCAAACCAGACUCCUCUGAGGAAAAUAAAAACCCAGAAAGCCCAGAGAACCACCUUCAAAACUAGAAAGGAGCAAGCUGGAAAUGCUCUUUUGGGCCUUCAUCCUGACAUCAGAAUAUUUUCAUUUAAAGAACCAUUUCCUAUGUGAUUAAUAAGAAUUGGUUAUAUGAUGAAUGCUAUGCAGAUGUUGUCUUUACUUCUAUUUGAGACAUUCAGUCACGGGAUCUUGUUAACUUAUCAGCAACUGAUUGAUUGAUUAUUGGACAAGGUUAGCUCUAUUUUAGUAUUGAGUAUAUAAGUGUGGGUUCCAAAUUAGCAACUGUGCGUACUGGGAGGUAAUACAUGUCUGCUAAUGAUCUUCAGAUUUAUUAGUCUAUAAAAACAAUAAUAUCUAAGGAAUAGUUUAGUUAUUUUUGUAAUUAUUACAGUUGCUACCAUGUCUGAAUAGUUAAACACACAGAAUAAAUUAUGUGGGUCUUUUGUAUAUAAUACAAAUGUACAGACAUGGUGGUAGCAAUAGCAACUUAUGCAAGUGCCAAGUGUUAAAAGAUUAGCUUUGCAUGAUCCUUUAUUUGUGAAGGUGUAGUGUUUACAACACAUUGUGCAGUUCAGUUCCCCUACUUGACCCUUACAAGCAGCAGGGCAGUGACACCACCAGUCUUCUGUAUUACAAAAAGUGUUGGACAGUUCAUCUAGUCAUUGAAGAGCUCAUUCUUGGAAAGUUUGUCCCAAAGGAAAUCUAAGGGUAAGGUUAGUUCUGGUUUAAUACUUCAGAAAAUUCCUGCAGAGCCUUGUGCUGGCACCUAAAAGAAAAGAACUUCCAACAACUAAUUCAGGUCAAGAGAAAAA